GUGAAUCAAGAUGGCCGCGAAAACUUUGUAAACGGAAACGUUUAUUUUGAUAUUUCAAAGAAAAUUGCAUGCUUUGAAUAUUAUUUUAAACCAGAGUGAAUUGAACUGACACUGAAUAGAUCUUAGUUAUCAAGAAAUUAAAUAAAUGUAGAUGACAAUGACCGAGGAAACACAACAAUCUGAGUCAGCCGCACAAAAUGAAGCACAAACUAGUUCUCCAGAUGUUGGAAAAAUUAAAGAUAAUAAAAAAGAGAAAUGCCGGCCUAUGACAAAGGUAGUAAUAAGAAGAUUACCUCCAACUAUGACUCAGGAUCAAUUCCUGGAGCAAGUUUCUCCAUUACCAGAACAUGAUUAUCUUUAUUUUGUUAAAGCUGACAUGGGACAAUUUUCAUUUUCACGUGCAUAUAUCAAUUUUAUUGAACAACAAGACAUCUUUAUGUUCAGAGAAAAAUUUGAUAAUUAUGUGUUCGUCGACUCAAAAGGUACAGAAUAUCCAGCAGUAGUAGAAUUUGCACCAUUUCAAAGGUUACCAAAGAAAAGAGUAGGGAAAAAGAAAGAUUUAAAAUGUGGUACAAUAGAAUCUGAUCCUUAUUAUAUAAGUUUCUUAGAAAGUCUUAAAAAUCAAGAAGCUGAAUCUAAUGUAGCACAACCAAAAACAGAGUACUCAUAUCAACCACCUGAUAAUACACCAAAAAAAGUUACAACUACACCUCUUUUGGAAUAUCUAAAACAACGUAAGCAAGAAAAGCAGCGUCUAAGAGAUGAAAAACGCGAAGAAAGACGACGAAGAGAUUUAGAAAGAAGACGGACGAAAGAAGAUCCUAUUAUAUCUAAGGUAUUGAAAAAUCCAGAUCUCGAUAAGGAAAUGUGUAAAGAUAAUAAAGAGAAUAAAGAGGAAAGAGAUAAGCUUUCACCGAAAGAUUUGAAAAAUCGUAUUAAGAAAGAAGAUAAAUUACGUGAAAAAAUACCGCGUGAUCGUGAUUCGAAGUCAAUAACAAAAGGAUAUAGAGAAAGAAUUGAGGAUAGAAAUAAGGAUAGAGAAAUAAAACAUCAAAGACGUCAUGAGGACAAAAAACUAUAUGGAAGGCGCGAUGAGAGAGAUGGAAUAAAAGAUGAUAGAAGAAUUGAUGGCAAUGAUAGAAAAUAUGAUUUCAAAGAGGAUAUUAAAGAUUUCAGGGAUCGAAAAAUCGAGGAAAAAAGGGGUAAAAGCUACGAGAAAAUGCGACAAGAGAAGAAAAGACUUGCAGAAACCAAAAAACAAAAUGUAGAGUUUAAUGUUGAUAUGGAAAGUAACAUAAAGUCAAGAAUUGAAGACGAAGAUUUUCCAAGAAAAGAGUCCCAAGUUGAUUUACAUGAAAAUAAAGACAGAGGGGGAUCCGUAAGUGAUACUGAAGUCGCUAAAAUCAGAGAGAAACAGGAAAAUAAUGAAAACAAGCUUUUACUACAAAAUUCUAUCCAAGAUAUUGAACAAAUGAAAGAGCAGAAGAAAACAGAAACUACAUCAACGAUAGAUGAAAGUAAUAAAGAUAUUGAAAAAUCAAAGUCUAAUGAAAAUAUUAAUAAAGAUAAUAACGAGAAUGAUGAUUCUCAGGAAAAGAAAGAUUCGAAAGUUACAAAGAGGCGUAGUUCACUUGAAAGUGGGGGAGAAGGUGGUACAGGAGAUGGGAAUUAUUUAAGGCGACAUAAGUCUUUAGAUGGCGGGGAUCAAAAUAAUUUACAAAAGACUGAAAUCGAAGAAAAAGAAAAAGACAAGAAAGAUCCUCGAUUAGAACGUAGGAUUCGAAAUAAGGAUCGUCCUGCCAUGGAAAUUUAUCGCCCAGGAAUGGGAAAAUUUAGUAAACAAAGAUUAGAACGAGAAAAAUCUAGUACUAACGAUGAACGAGCAUCUCUUUCUCAAAGUCCUACUCCUAAUCCUAAUGCUUCUAAUUCUUGUAAAUCAGGAAAGCCUGGAACCGAAGUACGUUCUAUGACGUUUAAACGUAGCAUUAGUCGUGAUUUGGUAUAACGAUAACUAAAUUUUACAAAUCUGUUUCAAUAUUAGUGAUACACGUGUCAAACAUCUGUUAAUAUACAAGAUUUUUACACUAGUCUUUCUCACAGAGUAAUAGUGUCAUACAGUGUAUCUGUUGUAUACAAAUGCAUAAUAAAAUACAGUGUCCUAAUUA